AUGCCUCUUAACGGAACUAGUGUUGCCGAUGGUGCACAGAAGUUCUGCUGCUUCUUAGUAUUCUGCUGUUCAGCGUCGAUCUUCAUAAAUCCGAGGCAGCUGCUUUACAUCACCCUCACAAUCAGUCCCAACCGGAUAAUAAGAUUGUUGUGGAUGGUACACCCGUGGCCAUUGGACCCUGUAUUGAAUACCUGGGGCACGUCAUAG